AAAAUGUGUGGCUCUCAAGAAAGAGCUGAAGAGUAAAGGCAAGAAGAGGAGAAAAUCCCCUCCAAAGAAAAAAGAAAAGAAAAAGUUUGUUAAUUUAUUAAUGGCAUUGGUAGCAGGUGUUGGAAUUGCCCAAUUCCCUAACCCUAAUCGAUUAGCAAUAGCAGGAACAAGCAAACACUCCCCCUCCCCAGUCUGCUUCCAGCUGAGUCGAGAGUCAAGAAGAGGGCUUCUUCCUAGGGCUAUAAAAGCAAGAGCAGGAGCAAGUCCAUUGCAGCUAAAAGUGACAAUGGCAACCGAAACCGAGAAAUUGGGGAUCAAAAUCGUCAAAAAUCCCCCUGAAUCCAAGCUCUCCGAGCUCGGCGUUCGCUCUUGGCCCAAGUGGGGAUGCCCUCCGAGCAACUUUCCGUGGACGUACUCUGCGAAAGAAACGUGCUAUCUUUUGAAGGGAAAGGUGAAAGUGUAUCCCGAGGGAUCCAAGGAGGCAGUCGAGAUUGGUGCCGGUGAUUUGGUUGUCUUCCCCAAAGGCAUGAGCUGCACCUGGGAUGUCUCUGAAGCUGUUGACAAGCAUUACCUCUUUGAAUGAUUGCCUAAUUGUUUUCUGGUGAAUGCUGUUGAACACAACUCGUGUAUAUUUCUUCAUCAAUAAGACCGCUUGAUUCGAUAUUAAGCUGCUUUUGCUUA